AUGACAUUAUCAAUUGGUGAAACAACUUCUACUACGCUACAGCAACCUUUACGACAACCAUCUCAAAGAAGUAGAAAAAGGAUAUCAUCCAGUGGUUCUAUUUAUAGAAAUAGUCAAAGACCAAUUUCUAUGGUUUCACAAUCUUCUUUGCCAUCAUCAAAUAAAAGGACUUCUACUACGCUACAGCAACCUUUACGACAACCAUCUCAAAGAAGUAGAAAAAGGAUAUCAUCCAGUGGUUCUAUUUAUAGAAAUAGUCAAAGACCAAUUUCUAUGGUUUCACAAUCUUCUUUGCCAUCAUCAAAUAAAAGGAAUAAUAGCUCAAAGAAACCAUACUAUAAGAAAGAUGAGGAUGAAAAAGAGUCAGAGAAUUUUACGAUUGAAGAUAUAUUGGCAAGUCAAAUGGACAAUGAAGAAAUAGAGUUGGAUAAUGAAGAAUUUGAACAAAGACUGGCUGAUGCAGAAAUCAUCAAUAUAAGUGCUGCUAAUUCAUUGAUAAAUAAAAAACUUUUCAACAAACUAAAAGCAACUGCUCAAUCUCAGUUUAUUCCUCGCAUUAACGUUGAUGAGCUUAAAAAAUGGAUUAAAAAAAACUACACACGCAAAGUCAAUACCACGUUAUCAAAUCUACAAUCAACAACAAUGAUUGAAGGCUUUGACACAGAACAAUUCGACUUUGUAAAGCAAAUAUUAGAAAUGAAACUUAUGCAGUUACAAGCUGGACAUGGAGAAAAACUUGACUUGUCAAUGGAUGAAAACACAUACACAGCUACAAUCAUGUCUCCUGAUUUUGAGACUUUGAAGUUAUGUUUUCCAGCUCUGUUUAUUAGCAGAUGGAAUGAAAACGAAGUUCCUUCAUCUAAAUGA